GUGGAGCCCCGCCCCCUUUGCGUCAUCACGCCGCGCCAGAAAGUAUCACUCUUGGCGCCAAAGACUGUAAGCUGUAUCCCUACGCACUUUUGCUGCAAAUAACAACAAAAAAGUUAAUGACAGCUGUUGAAAAUGGAUAUACGUAGAUUCUUCGCCCCGAAGCCUGGCCAUGGCGGAGGCAGCAGCAGCACUGAUGAUGAGCCGAAGAAUAAAAAGAAACCCGCUUCCAAGGCUACAAGCUCCAGAUUGGAGGAAAAACGAGCAGGUAAACGGAAGAAGAGGGUCAUCGCUGAUUCAGAUGAGGAGGAAGAGGAGAAGAUUGGAAAGAAAAGCCCUAAAGAGAAGCCUUCAUCGUCUGAGAAGAAAGAUCCUGUGACGUACGUGUCGGAUUCAGACUCGGACGAAGCCUUUCUGUCUCUGAAAAAGCCCUCCAAGCUCAAACAGAACGGCUGCAGCAAAGACAAGAAGGACUUGGGCUCGAAGGAGAUGAAAGCGAAGCAGGUAAAAACGCCACCUGUUCAAUCCCCAAGCCCAAAGGCAGAGAAGGUAGCGGCGAAGAAGAACGCGCUCAGUCCGAAGUCUCCACCGAAGCCGACCGCACCCAAACACACCCCCACAUCCGUGUUUGAUUACUUCGGCAACACAGCGGCCAAGAGAUCAGAUAAGAAGCUAGUGGCCAGCACGAGCACCAAGAGGAAAGCACCCACACAAGAUCCUGAGGAAACGCACGACGAUGCCGCCAUCGCUAAACAGCUACAGAUGGACGAGGACAUGGAGCUGGAGAAGCAGAUUCAUGAAGAUGAGGAGUUUGCUCGAACCCUGGCCAUGUUAGAUGAAGCUCCUCAGCCUAAAAAGGCUCGUGUGGACUCGCCUUCAAAGACCAGCUCUCGAGCGAACGGUGCAGAAACCAAACCUUCCCCGAAGAAGCCUUCACCUAAGAAGCCUUCACCUAAGAAGAGUCCAGUCAAGGCCAGUUCCAAACUGGCACUGAUGAAGAGGAAAGCCGACGAAGAGGAGGAAUGGCGGAAGAGCGAGAAGAAGGAGGAGAAGAAAAGCAAACUGGUCAUCUCCCCGAAGAAAGAGCCAAUCACACAAGCUUCAUCUGAGACAGCGGCCACGCCCAAAUCGGGCGUUUCUGCAGGAAGCACUAAACGCAUAUCCACACCCAGGAGUGGAGGAGGAAGUACCAAGACGUCUCCUACAAAACCAGAGACCAGUCCAGACGACGCGGAGAAGAAGCGCGUGAAUUCUGCAGCGUAUCGAAACUUCCUGAACCGAGAAGGACCUCGCGCUCUGGGCUCGAAACAGAUCCCACAGGGAGAAGAGAACUGCCUUGAAGGCUGUGUGUUUGUGUUAACGGGCGUUUUGGAGUCUAUGGAGAGGGACGAUGCGAAGUCGCUAAUAGAACGCUACGGCGGGAAAGUGACAGGAAACGUGAGCCGAAAAACCACAUACCUGGUGCUGGGACGAGACAGCGGAGUCUCCAAGACCGAGAAGGCACAGAGUUUUGGCACCAAGAUCAUAAACGAGGACGAGUUACUGGAUUUGAUCCGAACCAAACCAGGCAAAAAGUCCAAAUACGAGAUUGCUGCAGAAGCUGAGAAUAAAGCCACCAAAUCGAGGACCCCAGACUCUAAAGGCCAACGCACCCCUACAGGGCGCAAAGUCACACCCCAAAAACGCUCCGCAAGCAAGAGCAGUCCCUCGCCGGCGAAACGUCAACCUUCUUCCUCUUCAACCCCCGGAAAAUCCAGAGCUACCCGCCAAGGCCCUUCUUCCGAGGUCAGGAAGACGCUGGAAUUCGAUGCGGGAAAAAGCACGGAGGACGGCAGCAGCUUGCUGUGGGUGGAUAAGUACCGUCCUCGCGCUCUGAAGAAUCUGAUAGGGCAGCAGGGGGAGCAGAGCUGUGCCAAUAAACUCCUGAGAUGGUUAAAGGACUGGCAUAAAAAUCACAGCGGCAAUGCAAAACCUGCAGCUGCUCGGUUCGGGAAGUUCGGAGGUAAGAAUGAUGGUACUGGGUUUAAAGCUGCUUUGCUCUCUGGACCUCCUGGUGUAGGGAAGACCACCACCGCUGCUCUUGUGUGUGAGGAGUUGGGUUACAGUUACGUGGAGAUGAACGCCAGCUGCACCCGCAGCAAGAACAGUCUGAAAGAAGUCAUCGCUGAGUCUCUCAAUAACACGAGCAUUAAGAAUUUCUACACAGGUGCAUCUCAGACGGUCAGCAAUAAACACGUUCUCAUUAUGGACGAGGUGGAUGGCAUGGCAGGAAAUGAGGACAGAGGAGGAAUACAGGAGAUGAUCGGUCUGAUCAAAAGCUCCAAGAUCCCCAUCAUUUGCAUGUGUAACGACCGCAACCACACGAAGAUCCGCUCACUCGCCAACUACUGCUUCGACCUGCGGUUCCAGCGGCCUCGUGUGGAGCAGAUCAAGGGGGCCAUGAUGUCCAUUGCUUUUAAAGAAGGUUUAAAGAUCCCGCCUCCGGCCCUCAACGAAGUCAUUCUGGCGUCCAAUCAGGACGUUCGACAGGUGCUGCAUAAUUUGAGUAUGUGGUCAGCCACAGACAAGGUCAUGACCUAUGACCAGGCGAAAGCCGAUGCUAACAAGGCCAAGAAGGACAUGAAAAUGGGACCAUUUGACGUGUGCAGGAAAGUGUUUGUUACAGGCGAAGAGACCGCCCACAUGUCGCUGAUGGACAAGUCAGACCUUUUCUUUCACGAUUACUCCCUGGCACCGCUGUUCGUCCAAGAGAACUACAUACACGUCCGUCCAGCGGCCGCAGGGGGUAACCUAAAGAACCAUUUAGUGCUGCUGAGCAAAACGGCUGACAGCAUCUGCGACGGAGAUUUAGUGGACCGGCAGAUCCGCUCUCGUCAGGUCUGGUCUCUGCUGCCCACACAGGCAGUGUAUGCCAGCGUGCUGCCGGGGGAGUUGAUGCGAGGUUAUAUGAGUCAGUUCCCUACCUUUCCCAGCUGGCUCGGGAAAUUCUCUUCCACCAGCAAACACAGUCGCAUUGUACAGGAGCUGUCCUCACACAUGAGUCUGAAGACACUGAGCAGUAAAGAGGCAGUAAAUCUAGACUACCUGCCCUACCUGCGUUCUGCCCUGCUGGAGCCCCUGCGGCGUCAUGGUACGGACGGAGCCGCUCAGAGCGUGAAGCUCAUGGAUGACUACGACAUCAUCAAAGAGGAUUUCGACAGCAUCAUGGAGAUCAGUACGUGGGGUGAACAACCUGAUCCUUACUCCAAGCUUGACUCCAAGGUGAAAGCUGCAUUCACACGGGCUUAUAACAAGGAGUCGCACUUGACGCCGUACUCGCUGCAGGUAGUAAAGAAAGGCCGCAGAGGAGCAGUGGACGCUGAUCAGGCUUUAGACCCUGACAAUGACCUCCAGGGACAGGAAGAGGAGGAGGAGGAAACUGUUAAUAUGGAUGCCAUGAUCAAGCAAAAGAAAGCGAAAGCGACAAAAGAGGUCAAGCAGGAGAAAGCGGAGGAUUCUGGAAAGGGUAAAGGAAAAGGCAAAGGAAAAGGCAGGAAGUGAGGAAAUGAGUCCUGGAUUGAGAAGAGAUGCAGAAAGGCAUAUUGUAAACGAGCGCUCGUUCCUCCUCUCUGUUUAUGAACUCUGAUGGCAGGCGGGCAAAGAUCAGACCUUCAUCAGGCUAUCAAAAGGUCAGUAUUAACAAGGAGUGAGGGUGGAAAGAGGAGGCGUUUUCAGCAAUUAAAAAACGAGUGGGCGGCCAUUCCAACGUCUUUCAGUCGACUAAGGACGAAAGAAACGGGGAGCGUGCACACACACACAUUUGAAUACACAGAGUAAAACUUGAAACCAUGUUUGACAUCAAACAUCUCUCAUCUCAGCCCUUGCUCUCAUUACACCCCCUAUUUCUUAUCCACUUGCAGCUCUUAUAAGGUUACAUAAGCACUUUGCAUAAAUCACAUACCGCUCUUGAAGAAGGCUUCCUGAAGACGAUGCUCGUCCGAAUGCGUCGGAUCCCUGAGCUGUAAAUAUAUUUGCGCAGUUGAACUCGUAUAUAAUUUGAUAUCUAGUCAAUUUGAAGAUUGUGAAAAAGAGCUUUGUUUGUAUGGAAAUUUUUCUGACACACUGACAGUGCGAUGUACUGGACUGUAGCAUAUACUGUAUAUGACUGGAUUUUUCAACGAACAAUUAAAGAGUGAGUAAUGUGAUGGCGAGUCGGUGUGGUCAGUGAUUCACUGAACUAACUUCAUCUUUUACCUUUUUAAACAAAACAUCUUUGCAUAUUCAGGUUAACUACAAUCUAAAAUCAUUGGUGAUUUAAUCAUACAUACCAUGUAAUGUAAUCAUACCAUGUUCAGUUUGUAGGGAUGUAGUUAGUUACUGUUAACCAGUGGUGUCCAGUCUUAUCUGGGAAGUGUACAGUAGUGUGAGUUCAGGUUUUCAGUCCAAGCCAAGCUGAAGCCACACCCGAGUCUACUGUUAGCAAGACAUACCGAUUAAACAAGUGGAACCAGGCUACUGCUUGACUGGAUAGAAACCCACACUGGACCACUGGGAAUAAUGGUGUGUUCAAAUCAUCUCGGAAAGAUCGUAAUUACGAGUUGAUCUCGGGAAUGCCACCACAAGCUCGUAAAUACGAGUGGGAAUUUCUUCGAGCUCCGAGUUUCUAAAUUGGGGGAAAACGUGGUGGAUUCAACAGAUACAACAUCUGUAAUUGAGGAUAAAUUAGUUGAAAUUGGAUGUUUACUCGUCUCAGACGCUGAUUUCAGUUCUCUUCAGUUAUUAUGCAUCAAGUUACAAGCAAAUCGGUUCACAUUUAAGCGCCUGUAGGAGAGAAAUGGUUUGAUUGCAGUAUAAUAUGUUAUUAUAACAAUGUUUCUAAUGAAAACAGCAAAACACACCAGAUGCACAUGCAUCCUAUUAUAUGGCCUAGUUAAAAAAUCUUACUGUAUUUAGAGAAGUUUCACCUCUAGCUCUUUAUUAAAGUGACUUGAACACAACUGACGACACAAUUACAACUAGCCGACUCAUGAAAGAUGAACUUUCCGAGACGACUUGAACACCCAGUAGUACUGGAAACCCCUGCUGUAUUACAAACUACUACAAACAGCUUAUAAACUACAAAACCUAGUUUAUAGGUCCCUCAUCAGGGCACAUCCACACGGGGUGUAGAGAUCACUCAUUACUGCUUAGCAGAGAGGUCGUCGAUGUGGAUCCUGUUUUACUCGAGAUAAAUGUACAACUGUUUGUAUGUUUUUCGAUUAUAGAAUUGUUUCAACGUUCUGUAAUAACAAAAUGCCUUAAUAAAUACUUUUAUAAUUAA